AUGCUACUUUCUACUCUAUAUUUUAUUUCUGGGGUACUCGUACUCUUAGUUCUUCGUUGGUACCGCCAACGCCGGCUCGUUCCUUUGCCUGGUCCCCCUCCAACAAGCUAUGUGACCGGGCAUUUUAAGAACAUGUUUGGAUUGAACGGCUUCGAGUUUCAAGAGAAUGUGUUGAAAGCGUAUGGCCCAACCGUUCGGAUGACAGGGGUCAUGGGUGAACAAUUUAUACUUUCGUUUGACCCUGCUUUGAUACACACCGUUCUAAUCAAGGAGAGGUCAAAAUUUGAAAGAAACAAGGGUGGGGCGUUAAUGGUUCGAUCAUUAUUUGGGGGAGGGUUGGCGGGACUGAGAGGCGAAGAACACCGACAACAACGCAAAUUACUGAACCCAGUAUUCACGGGACAGCAUCUUCAGGAAUACGUCGCCAAACAGACAUGCAAUGCGAUCGACAAAUCUCUUUCAACUGGUGUCAUUGACAUAAUCCCGUGGACUACCGCCGCUGCAUUGGAGCUCAUCGGCGAGGCAGGCUUAGGAUAUUCCUUCAGCUCAUUCAACGGAGAAAAAAAUGAAUACAGUACGGCAAUCAAAAGCGUAGGCCAACUGCUCUCCAAGCUGGUGCCUUUCAUUCCUAUUUACCCAUACUUUGUCCGACUACCUGUCACCCGCAAAGCGCUCUCUUACGUACGAAUUCCACUACUGCGCCAAGUAUUGAAGGCCACUAGUCUUCAGAACGAACAAGCGGAGAAAAUUCUACGUACAAGACAAGAUAUGCUAACUAAAGGCACUGAUUUAGAAUCCGUAACUGGAAGAGGAAAGGACAUCUUGACUCAGCUAAUGAAGGCCAAUCAGGAAGGGAUGGAUAGGGAUGCGAUGGUUGGACAUAUGAACAUAUUAAUCUUUGCGGGUCACGAAACUACAAGUUCCAUGAUUGCAAGGAUUCUUGAUAUCCUUUCAAAUAACCUUGAGAUUCAAGAAAAACUCAGGGGCGAGGUGUUGGAGUGCGGGGAAGACAAUGUAUUAGACCUAUCCUACCUUGAUGCGGUAGUUAAAGAGGCUCUGCGUCUCUACCCACCUGCUUCAUACCUCGGACGCAUGUGUGAAGAAGACACCGUAGUGCCACUUAGUUAUCCGAUCUCCACCGCUUCUGGAGUAAUCACAAGUCUGCCUAUUAAAAAGGGCACUCGUCUUGCACUGAGCAUAAUUUUUUCGAAUCGAGACGAGAAGGUAUGGGGUAAGAGAGCUGGAGAAUUCUGGCCCGAGCGCUGGCUCGAGUCGGAACAGUUAGGCGACCCAGGUAUACAAAGCAUAUAUUCGCCCAUUCUAACUUUUGGAGCCGGGAAUUAUGCAUGUAUUGGAUUUAAAUUUGCAGUGAUGGAGAUCAAGAUAAUGAUCGCCCAACUCCUCCGGUCUUUCAAGUUUGAGCCCUCAGGAGAGGAUUACGCUUGGGAGAUUGCGGGAGUUUCGAACCCGUACCUGUCCAAGGAAAGGGGUGAAACUACGAGGCUCCCCAAACUCCCCUUGAAGCGAUGUCAGAAUUCUGGAAAAGUCUGUGUCUAUGAAUAUGUGGAAUACCCGGAGGCCGAAAACCAUCGAAUGACAAGGACAAAACCAGGACCCCGCGCCACCCCCAAAUCAUUGUCACACUUGCGUCGAGGUAAUUCAUCUGGCCUCUCGCAGACUGGCACCAUUUUUCAACUUGCUUCGCCAGUAUCUCGAGACUCUAUAGCUUCCCAUUUCGAUUCGUCUGAGAUAUGUGAGGUUGAAACCUAUCCCCUCUUUGAUCCAACAGCGCCUACGAAUAUAGUCAACACCACCUUUAAUCCUUCGAUCACCCCUGCUACCCCGCAACUGCGCUCUGGUCUCUCGUCAAUGGAGACAUCAUGUACUUCAUUGGAUGCCGAACUAACGGUUGUUGCGCCACAAAUAUGUGGGAUGGUCCCCACCACCCCCGACCUAACAUUACAAGUCUCAACAGCAAACAACCUUGAGGAUGACGAAGACUACGAUGAUGACCCCGAGGGUGUUAGGAAUCUUCUGUGCCUAGCUCCUACUUUGCAUAAGAACGUGCGAGAUAAUUCGUUGCCUUUUGUUUUACAGUGUUAUUCCGGCUGGGCAAUUGCCAGGGUCUUCGAUCCCCUGAAGUUGGUGGAUGCUAUGCGGGACCAAGUUAUUCAGUACUUUUCAUCAGAGGACACACGGAUAAGGACAAUCCUAAUAGCUAAUGUGAUGAAUAAGUUCUCAAAGAGCUUGACAAUCGAUGGUAUAGAAAGGUCGAUUCUAGAUAAGCUAGCAUUGACUGUACGAAGAAACGGCAUUCAUUUUAUGGCCACUCUCCCCUCCGAUCCGGCAUUGGACAGGGAAAAUGCGAUGCGUAUACUAGAUAGCAUGCUCGAGAUAUUUUCACUCCGGACAGUCACACAGAGUAUGGCCACCUGCUUCCAGUCUUUGGAUGAUGCGGCCCCUAUUUUUCGACGCGCAUGUAUUGAGCCACUUGGACAGCCAAUCGAUCUUUCGAGCAUUCUACUCAACCCUAACCUCAACCUUCGGCAUUUCGUGACCACCGAUAUCGUGACGACUGUGACCACCGGUCUACCAACUUACUUCCAGUACAAAGUCUCGUUUUCGCUCGAGCUGUGCGAACAGAUGUAUCGGAUGCAGGAUAAAGUUGGCCUACAGUGGCUCCAUGGAUUCCCCGAUCAAUUUAUUAUGCUAAUCGCUUGGAUCAACUCGCUGCGUGAAACACCUGGGGCUAGCGAAGACACAAAGCUGAUUGAAUGGAUAGAAAAGGCUAUACAACAAAUCCGGUUCGCCACCAGUCGACCCAGCGAUCCAUUACUACGCAUUGGGAGAGUAGUAGUGCAGGAAUGUUGGCGCUGUGCGGCCUUGUGCAAAGCUAAUGCAUGUGACCCCCGUGUGGUAUACGCUCAAAAGGGCUUCAUGAGACUCGUUAGGGGAGUUGUGCAAGCACGAACUCCCGAUGCCUUCCUGUUCACCCCUAUAGUUGUGGCUGGAUUUGCGACAAUCGAGGAAUCCGAUCGCAACGUAAUCCGACAAAGAAUUCUUGGCGUUCGAGAAUGUGCAGAACCAGGAACGGUCGGAAAUAAUUUUAUGCUAAUGUUGGAGGAUGUAUGGACCAGGACGAGAGACGAGGGGCGAGUAGCUGUAUGGUCAGAUUCGAGACUGGCAACUUUCAGGGUUACAGGCAGGUGA